UCGGACGGGAGAAAGCCGGAAGCGAAAGUUUUUCGCUGGACUUCAGCGCGCUCGCAUUCUCCGAAGAAUGACCACAUUCCUGCCUUUUACUGUUUUUUUUGUUUUGAUUUGCUCGUUUGCAUCCUCCGCCACAUUUUCCCAAGCUGGCUCUGUCAUCAGGACACGACUGGAAGCUGUCUGCGGAGAUGAGGAGUACUUAAGCAACAACAUAUGUUGUUUAAAAUGCCCAGCUGGUACCCAUGUAAAGUCCCACUGUACCACAGCACACGAAAAGGGGCAGUGUGAGCAGUGCGACCAUAAAACGUUUACCGAACAUGCCAACGACUUGGAAAAAUGUAUCACAUGUCCACCGUGUCGCUCAGAUCAGGAAAUCAUGAGGCCUUGUAGUCCCACUCAGAACAUUGAAUGUCGGUGUAAAGAAGGAACAUUUUGUGCUCCAGAAGAAGCAUGUGAGGUGUGCAAGAAGUGUUCAAGGUGUGAAGAAGAUGACAAAGUUGUCAGGAACUGUACUGCUACCUCCAACACUGAGUGCAAGAAGACCCCCCUGCAGUCAGACCCUCCCUCAAAACAUGUUCUCUACGUCAUUCUGGCUACAAUCGCCGUUGGUCCAGCAUUGGUGUUUGGGGGAGUUUGCAUGUACCUGUAUAAGAAGAGUCCCAGAUCAGCAGACACACUGGAAAACCUGGAGAAGGAUCGGCAAAAUGUGCAGCCCACCAGCAGCCAUCCAAACCAAAAUGUGAGAUGCCCCAGUCUGCACUUCUUCCAGUCAGCGGUGAGAAGUCCACAGCCAGCCGUUGUGGUGGAUGAGUGUCAACACUUGUGUGAAAGCAUCACCAGCUCUGCCAGUAACUCUCAGCAAAAUCUAACCAUGGUGCACAAAGCAGACGAGCCAUUUCCUAAAGUGAUGCCUGUAAAUGGCGUCCAGUCCCUACUGAAGUGUUUCCCGUAUUUCGAGGACGUCGACUGCGAUUACCACAGUAAAUUCUUCCGCCAUCUUUGCAUGAACGACAACGUGAUCAAAAGCAAGAUCCAUCUCCCGUAUGAUGACCGGAUUCAUGAGUUGCUGAACAUCUGGUUAGAGCGAGAGGGGAAAGAAGCCAGCUUGAAUGAGCUCCUGAGCGCACUACUGGAGUGUGACCAGAAGCAAACAGCUGAGAUGAUCAAGAAGAAAGCCUUGGAAGAAGGUCAUUACAUUUUAGAGAAUAAAUAAAGCUCUAAUUAUAGGAAGCUUUUAGUCGGUUUGACGGGUUUUACUUUAAUUCCGGAGAAUCCCGAUCAAAAGACUGCAUGCAUGCAUUACAUGCACUGCAAACACUGAAAUCUAAGUAAGAUUGAAUAUCUCAAAUACGGGUGAUAUUUGCUUAUUUUCUGUCUGAUAAGAUAAUUCUUCUCACUAAGCAGAUUUUAUGUUUGAGUGUUUUAAG